AGAAGGUUUGAGCUUUCUUGUUUGUUCCUUGUUUUAUUUGAAUUAUCAUACAAACCCUCCACUCUCAUACAUUACACUAUGGUUAAUACAGUAGAACAAACUAGAAGAAUCAUUCGUAUCGGUACUCGCAAAUCUCAACUUGCUCUUGUUCAGACCGAGAUUGUCAGAAACUGUCUUCAAACAACUUUUCCUCAUUUUGACUUUCAAGUAGUGUCCAUGUCGACCACUGGUGAUCGCAUUUUAAACAUUGCUUUAAGCAAAAUUGGAGAAAAGUCUUUAUUCACAAAGGAACUUGAGGUUGCUUUAGAGGAUGGUAGAGUCGAUUUGGUAGUACAUAGUUUAAAGGAUUUGCCUACAGUCUUACCCGAUGGUAUGUAUUUGGGUGCUGUUAUGGAACGUGAGGAUCCAAACGAUGCUUUGGUUCUCUCACCAAAAUACAAAGGUCACACCCUUGCUUCUUUACCUGCUGGUUCUGUGGUCGGAACUAGCGCUCUUCGUAGAGUGGCUCAAUUAACUCGCAAAUAUCCCCAUUUGGUUUACAAGGAUGUUCGUGGAAAUCUUAACACUCGUUUAGCAAAAUUAGAUGAUCCUGAGGGUGAAUAUGCUGCCAUUAUCUUGGCUGUUGCAGGUUUAGUGCGAUUAAACAUGGCUGAUAGAAUUUCAAAUGUGAUUCCUUCAAAUGAUUCAUUACACGCUGUGUCACAAGGAGCUUUAGGUAUUGAAUGCCGUGGCAACGACACUCAAACUAGAGAUCUAUUAGAUGUUCUUAACCAUCAUCCCACUCGUAUAAUGUGCUUGGCUGAGAGAUCUCUCAUGCGCAAAUUAGAAGGUGGUUGUAGUGUACCGAUCGGUGUGAACUCAAGUCUGGAAAACAAGAAGUUGACUUUACAUGGCCUGGUUGCUAGUUUAGAUGGACAACAAAUGGUUGAUUUCGAAGAUUCAAUCUCUUUAGAAGAAUCCCAAUCUAACGAACAAGACUUAGCAUUAGCCGCUGAAUUAGGCAUUAAGGUAGCCGAUGAACUUGUCAAAAGAGGAGCCGAUGUCAUUUUAGAAGCAUUGGCCCAUUAAUCUCAUUACUGUAACUACACCCCUGAAACCACAUUUUUUUUUUCGCAAUUCCCGCUUUAGUGGAACCUAAAAUUUAAUAGCUUGUUUUGCAAGCCAUCUACUUAUAUUCCUUUUUUCUUUCCCUUACUCUAUCCUUUUGUAUUUUUAAAAAUAGGUAAAAAAUAAACAUAAUCAUUCAUACAAAUCAA